AAAAAAAAAAACCAUUGUGUGAAAAAUACAUAAAACGGUCUGCGAUUUUGCUUUCUCAAAUCCCAAACGCACACUUGACAUUCUUCCAUCGUUUAUUUACUUUUCUUAUUUUCUAUUUGAAUGAUUUUUUGAUUACGGGAGAAAUCAAAAAAUUACGAGGAAAAGAAAAGAAAAGAAACCGAAAUCACAUUCCAUGGCAUUUCACAUCGCUUGCCCAAUUACAUGCAAGCGGGUCUGCUGCUGCACUCUUGGGUUUCCUCAGAAGCUUCAGAGCGAGAAGGGGAAGAAAGAUUUCUUGGAGGGGAUUUUUAGGGUUGAGGAAUUCUUGAACGAUCCGUGGUCGGUAAGGGCUCGACAGAAAGGUACUGUUCAGGUUGCGGUUCCUCGAAUUGUUUCUUCGGCUCCUCCGGUGGUGAUUGCUAUAGCUGAUGGGGCUGCGGUUGGAGAUGCGGAUGGGGAGGAGAUUUUGUCUGCUCAGAGAAAAAGAGUUGCGAUGCAGAAGAAAGCGGUUGCUGCGUCGUUGGCCGCCGAGGAUUAUGCUUGGAGGUUUGAAACCGGAGCUUUGGCGGGUGCUUCUAAAGAAGCAGUUCAAGAUAUUGUUGGAGAAGAACUUGGUUCUUCAACCAUCAACAUAAUGUGUCGAUUAUGCUUUUGUGGUGAAAACGAAGGAAGUGAGAGAGCAGUGAGGAUGCUUCCAUGCAAAAUUUGUGGCAAGAAGUAUCAUAGGAACUGCCUGAAAAAUUGGGCCCAGUAUAGAGAUUUAUUUCAUUGGAGUUCAUGGGCCUGCCCCUCUUGCCGAACUUGUGAGAUAUGUAGAAAAACUGGAGAUCCAAAUAAAUUUUUGUUCUGUAAAAGGUGUGAUGGUGCCUGCCAUUGCUACUGCCAGCAGCCUUCACAUAAGAAUGUAAGUGCUGGACCUUAUCUGUGCCCAAAGCAUACUAGGUGUCACAGCUGUGGAUCCAAUGUUUCUGGAAGUGGACUAAGUACAAGGUGGUUUCUUGGGUAUACUUGCUGUGAUGCUUGUGGGAGAUUGUUUGUGAAGGGGAAAUAUUGUCCUGUUUGUUUGAAG